UUUUUUUUUUUUUUCGCAAUUUCCACUCGCGGGGAGCAGGAAACCCGGCGCAGCCGGGCGCAGCGGGCCGCGAUGCAGCAGCAGCAGGAGGAGUCGCCCCGGGGCAGCAGCGACAGCAGCAGCAGAGGCAGCAGCCGGCGGCGCUGAGCCGCCGCCGCCGCCACUGAGGAAAAAGCCGGCCCAGCAGCCGCCGCGUCCAGACCCGUGCGCCCGGAUCCCGGCGUCCUGAUCCCGGCGCCCCGACCCCCACGCCCGCCUCCGCCAACUUUCUCGCUGCCUCGGCGGCCCCGCCGAGUUCGACGCCAAUGGUGGAGGCCAUAGUGGAGUUUGAUUACCAGGCCCAGCACGACGAUGAGCUGACCAUCAGCGUGGGUGAGAUCAUCACCAACAUCAGGAAGGAGGAUGGAGGCUGGUGGGAGGGACAGGUCAACGGCAGGAGAGGUUUGUUCCCUGACAACUUUGUAAGAGAAAUAAAGAAAGAGAUGAAGAAAGAUCCUCUCUCCAGCAAAGCUCCAGAAAAGCCCAUGCACGAUGUGUCCAGUGGAAACUCUUUGCUGUCUUCUGAAACGAUUUUAAGAACCAAUAAGAGAGGUGAGCGACGGAGGCGCCGAUGCCAGGUAGCAUUCAGCUACCUGCCCCAGAAUGAUGACGAACUUGAGCUGAAAGUUGGUGACAUCAUAGAGGUGGUAGGAGAGGUAGAAGAAGGAUGGUGGGAAGGUGUUCUCAAUGGGAAGACUGGAAUGUUUCCUUCCAACUUCAUCAAGGAGCUGUCAGGGGAGUCGGAUGAGCUCAGCAUUUGCCAGGAUGAGCAGCUAUCCAAGUCAAGGCCUGAAGGUCUCCCUCCAGCUUCUCUGCUGCCCUUUCCAGCUCAUGGAGCAAAAGGAAAGACUACCUUUGAAGGGACAAUUCUGUACCGAGCUGCACCGGGAAAGACGGAGGGCCACAGACGCUAUUACAGUUUAAGGGAAACCACAGGCUCGGAGAGCGAUGGGGGUGACUCGAGCAGCACCAAGUCCGAAGGUGCCAAUGGGACAGUGGCAACUGCAGCAAUCCAGCCCAAGAAAGUUAAAGGAGUAGGCUUUGGAGAUAUUUUCAAAGACAAGCCAAUCAAACUAAGACCAAGGUCCAUUGAAGUAGAAAAUGACUUUCUGGCGGUGGAAAAGACUAUUGGAAAGAAGUUACCUCCAACUACAGCAACUCCAGACUCAUCAAAGACAGAAAUGGACAGUAGGACAAAGACCAAGGAUUACUGCAAAGUAAUGUUUCCAUAUGAGGCACAGAAUGAUGAUGAAUUGACAAUCAAAGAAGGAGAUAUAGUCACUCUCAUCAAUAAGGACUGCAUUGAUGCAGGCUGGUGGGAAGGAGAGCUCAACGGCAGACGAGGAGUGUUUCCCGAUAACUUUGUGAAGUUACUUCCACCCGACUUUGAAAAGGAGGGAAAUAGACCCAAGAAGCCACCGCCUCCAUCCGCUCCUGUCAUCAAACAAGGGGCAGGUACCACUGAGAGAAAACAUGAAAUUAAAAAGGUACCUCCUGAAAGACCAGAAACACUUCCAAAUAGAACAGAAGAAAAAGAAAGACCAGAGAGAGAGCCAAAACUGGAUUUGCAGAAGCCCUCCGUUCCUGCUAUACCGCCAAAAAAACCUCGGCCACCUAAGAGCAACUCUCUCAACAGACCUGGCGCAUUGCCCCCCAGAAGACCAGAGCGACCAGUGGGUCCAUUGACACACACCAGGGGUGACGGCCCAAAGAUUGACUUGGCGGGCAGUUCGCUAUCCAGCAUCCUGGACAAGGAUCUGUCAGACCGCAGCAAUGACAUUGACCUAGAAGGUUUUGAUUCCGUGGUAUCAUCUACUGAGAAACUCAGUCACCCGACAACAAGCAGACCAAAAGCUACGGGGAGGCGGCCUCCAUCCCAGUCUCUCACAUCUUCCUCCCUUUCAAGCCCUGAUAUCUUCGACUCCCCAAGUCCCGAAGAAGAUAAGGAGGAACAUAUUUCACUUGCACACAGAGGAGUGGAUGCAUCAAAGAAAACGUCUAAGACUGUUACCAUAUCCCAAGUGUCUGACAACAAAGCAUCUCUGCCACCUAAGCCGGGGACCAUGGCAGCAGGCAGCAGCGGGCCAGCCUCUCUGACCUCGGCAGCACCUUCCCCACUAUCAUCCUCUUUGGGAACAGUUGGACACAGAGCCAAUUCCCCAUCUCUGUUCAGCAUGGAAGGAAAACCAAAGAUGGAGCCUGCAGUCAGCAACCAGGCAGCUGUGGAAGAGCUAAGGACACAGGUCCGUGAGCUGAGGAGCAUCAUUGAGACCAUGAAGGACCAGCAGAAACGAGAGAUUAAGCAGUUACUGUCAGAGUUGGAUGAAGAGAAGAAAAUCCGGCUUCGGUUGCAGAUGGAAGUGAAUGACAUAAAGAAAGCUCUUCAAUCAAAAUGAAUACUUGAUAAAUGAAAUGUCACAUUAUUCAUCCUGAGUCCGAGACUCAAAUUUUCUGCCCCAGCCAAAAUGAUCUUGUGCCAAAAGAUGAAAGGUUUGCCUCAACAUGUCCCAGUUUGAAAGAUUAGCACAAAAGUCUUGAUAGCACAACACAAAUUCCAUCCAAGAGGAGAAUCUCCCCCAUGGCGUAGUCCUGGGGUUGGCACUGGUUGUGACUUACACAGAGCAAAUUGUGCUAAAGGCUUUUCUACUUUGAGAUCUCAUGUGAAACGAAAACUCAGGCAGUUUAGUCCAUAGUGGUACUAUUUUGAUGAUAUUUUCCAUUAAUAAAAUGUAAUUUCAGAUUAUUCGUUUACAAGCUUUAUAAUUUUAUGAUUUUUUUAAUCGUGUUUUGUCACAGACUCCCCUAGUGUUUGUACUACACAUGGUCAGGAGCAAGUGUCCCAUUCUUUUGCUUCAGGCCAAGAGUUGCCUCGCUUUGUUCCCCCUGUAGGAUUCUAUUACAUAUGCAAUUUUAGGCCCAACUGUCCCUUCCCCUGCCAGCAAACCCCACCACCCUAAGAGAAAUUUUAGCUUAUAUAUGAUGGUAUAUUUACAAAAAGAGAAAGAGAAAACCUGGUAUUUGCAAUGAUCUGUGCCUUCUUUCUACCACCCUCUUGAUUGGAGCUUUUGUGAUGCAGCUACCAUGAUUCAAAAAAAAAAAAAAAAAAAAAUUUAAAAAAUAAACUACAAAAAAAACCUGCCACUUAUCCAAGUCCACUAGAGGCCACUGUCUUCAAAGCUUCUCUCACCCUAGCCAAAGGUCCUAAGAGGAGACAGCUGUGAAGUUGGGAGUGCUCUGUGGUCCUAGCUGUGACUUUUAAGUUUCUCCUAGUUUUAGGUUGUUCCAUGAAAUUAGAAAUGUCAUCCCUGCUUGAUUUUUCAUCAGCCAAGUUAAACUCCUGCUUCCUGUCCUUUGCACCUUUUGCGUGAACAAAAUAUGCAUUAUUAAAGCAAAAAUAAAUAAAAGUAAAAUGCAAAUGAAA